CAGGGCUGUAGUCAUGCAUGUCCACACUGUCUUUGCAGUGUGUCUACUGAUUUAUGGAGCUUUCUGGAUGGGGGUGCAGGCAGACUCUCCUGUACCUACAGUCCCUGAUCGUGUCCAUGCCCUGGUGGGCUCCUGUGUGGUGAUUCCCUGCUCCUUCACCCUUCCAGCAUCUCGUCAUCUCAAAGGCAGAAGAGGGAGGGUGGAUGUCAGGCUUAGAUUCAGAGGUGGCGGCCGUUUUUUCUUUCUCCAUAGUACCGCAUUUAACAGUGAGGCCAGAGACAUGGUAAGCAGGGAAUUCAUAGGCCGAACAUCUCUAUUUGGGAAAAUGGCUGAUGGCGAUUGUUCUGUGAAGAUCGAAAGGGUCAGGCUGGAUGACUCGCAUGUCUUUGAGAUUACUCUAAAGACAGGUGAUGAAUUGCUUUGGGGUACACCAAAGGUUUUCAGUCUUGAUGUAACAGAAACUCCUGAGGCUCCUGUCAUCAGCGGCAUGCUGUCAGUUAUAGAUGGACAGCUAUGCACUUUGAACUGCACCAUCAUCUGUUACUGUCCAUCCAAACUUCCUGCUCUGCAGUGGCACUGGGAGAGAGGAGACCAUCUGAACAGCAGCGAACAUGUAGAAGUACAGACACUUUACCCUCAGGCCCACAGUCCGAUCUUACUGGCCCGUCUCUCCUUCACUGCGUCAUACCAAGUAAAACCCAGGCUCAGAUGUGAAGUCAGCUACCCAGGAGCCAGAGCAGCAGCCACUACAAAAGCUCUUCACGUGACCUUUCCACCAAAGGAUGUGAAGGUUCAAGUCCAGACUUUGAUAGUGCAGGAGGGCGGUAAUGCACUGCUGGUCUGCUCAUGUAAAGCUGACCCACCUGUGUUGGAGUACCGCUGGUCCUACAGACAACACGGCCUCAUGGUGCACCUCCACCAACGCUCACAACAAGUCCGAGUAUACAACGUGACCCGAGAUAUGAAAGUCCGAUGCACAGCAGAGAACCUGAUUGGUCAAGGAGUUUCUCAGCUCACAGCAUUGAACAUACAAUAUAAACCGAUCAUCCUCCAGUUGUCCUCCACCUGUGUUUUAGGUGGUUUGGAGCUUCUGUGUCAGUGUUCUGUUGAUUCCAAUCCCAGAGCAGCAGUUACCUGGAGUGUGAAUGGGACUGUUCCACCUCGUGACUAUAACACAUCAGUGACAUCAGAGGAUGAUGUACUAACAGCUACUAUGCGGGGCUACAUGGAAACACCCCUGAGGGUGAUGUGCUUUGCAUUCAAUUCACUGGGGAACAACUCCCUGGUUUUGCUGCAGGGAAAAGAAGAUUCAGUAACAAUACCUCUGCUUUGGAUGGUCAUACCUGCUGUAGUCAUCUGCGUGGUCAUAAGUCUUAUCAUUGUUCUUCUCUACUGCUGCUGCAAAAAAGCAGGAAAAAAUGUCAUGAGUCCACAUCGAGCCAAGUACCACAGAGAACUGGGGAUUUAUCAAGAGCGGACACCCCUCUACAUUAAUUGCACUGAAGUGACUCAUAUCUACACUAACGGCAGCUACCAGCUUGUGUACCAGAACUGCACUCCUUUUUUUGUCCGUUCCAAGCAGGUGCGCCCAAUAGGCCGAAUAGGAGGGGAGAGGAGGUUGGCAGAGAGAAGGAGAAGAGCAGAGCGAGGUGGUGUGGAGAAUCAAAUGGGUUUGGGAGUCGGCAGAGAGGUGGACACCUCUGUUCCUGAUGCUGCUGAGACCGCCAUCUACCUGGAGAUCCCCUGAACAUCCAGCAGAAUUCAAUUUGUGUAUUAAAUUUGACAAAAUUUAUUCUCAAACUGAUAAUGAAUGAGUGGGGAAACAAACAUUUCUGUAGCUUAGUUAUCAGGUUAUUGUAUAUAAUGUAAGAUUAUAGUUUGACCAUGUUUUUAUCAAGCAUCUCAAUUUUUUUUUUUACUUUUUUGAUCUGUUAAUAUGAAGAUUUUUGGAAUUAAAGACCAGUCUCCCAGGUUUAUGCUUGUUUCAGAUGACACUGUUUUCUGCAACACCAGAAUGGGGGAAGUAGAAAUGAAACUACAAUAGUGGAACAAAAGCAUUUAAGAACAGAUGAUGAAUGGCAAUUUAGGCUCACUGACCACCAGGAUUCAGAGGUUAGUGCAGUGUGGGAGAGAACAUGUUUAAAAACCUCAGAUUAGUGGUAGUGGUGCAGAAAUAACCCACAAAUGCAGUGUGGAUGGAAUACCUGGAACAUGUCAUAGUUCAUGUACUGAUCUCUAGGUUUCUGUUCCUUCAAGUAUCAUACGUUUUGUUAUUGGCUACGUGUUAUAUUGGGGAGGUGAUGGUCUAGUGGUUAAGUGUUGGGUUUAGAAACAAGAGGAUCCUUGGUUCAAGCCCCCACCAGACUGGAAAGUCACUAAGGGCCCUUUGGCAAGGUCCUUAAUGCCCCAGUUGCUCCCAGUAUGCAGUUGAGUGCCUUGCAUGGCAGCACCCUAACAUUUAUGUGUGUGUGUGUGUAUAUAUAUAUAUAUAGCUGUGCCUUCGCCAAGACCCAAAAAGCAUAGCCAGUUGAAAUCAGAAAGUGGUAUAGAGGAGGAUUUUCUUAAA